AUGGCGCCAGUCUUCGACACGAACAAGCGCCGGUACAAACUCGUGCUGCGCAUCCAAUGUGCGCAAGAGCUGCAGCACUCGUCAUCCCACGGAGCGUACUGUAAACUCUACGUCGGCCCCACGGUUCAUACCGACGGCACGUACAAGGCCGCGCGAGCGGCCAACACGGACGCGACACCGUCCACAACGAGCGACGACGUCAGUGACCCCAACAGUAGCAGUGCCAACGACGUGCGGCAGCUGCACGUUCGACGCACGCGCACGCAGCUGCCGCAGCACGCGAAGGCCCCACGUGAGACCGUGUGGAACGAGGUGUUUGUCGUACCUCUUCGACGGGACGUGGCAGUCGCGCGUCAGAUCGUGAGCAUCCGCGUAAAGAGUCAGCACGUCUUCUUCUGCCCUGUGAUUGGCGUCUGUGCCAUUUCGCUGGCCCAUUUAUGUCCCAACGAGCGCCUCGAGCAGUGGGUACCGCUGGAAAAAGGCUCGAAACCUGCUGGCCGCCUCCGGGUGAUGGUGGUCGUGAUUCCAUUGGUCGACCCGAAAGGCCGCCGCGGGCGACGCCAUGAGCCGAAUCCAGAUGUGGUGGCGGCGCGAGCCGCGUGCAUCGAAGCCGAUGCAGCAGUCGAGCGAUUGGUGCAAACUCAGUUACAGCGGCAACGGGAGCGUCGUCAGAAGAGAGUGGAGCCAUGUUCGUCGACUCGACGGGGUGGUGAUAGUGACGGGGACCGGAUUAUGGACAAUCAACAAGUGGAAGACGAUGGAAUGGUGUUUCGAAGCAACGUGGGACAAGCAAAGAUCCGGGAGCAUCGACACAAGCGCGGCGACCUUGAGACGUGGCCGCCAUUACCGAAUCUCUCGAUGCCGAAUCUAUUGCCGCCACUUGGCACGCGUGGUGCAAUGGUGGACAGUGAUAGUUCGAUCUCGAACUAUAGUGAUUGGAGUGCGUCGGGUAAACUGCCGUCCGAUCAAAACGACGAUCGUGAAGUUCUGUCCACGAUGGUGGAGUACGAACAACGACUUGACAGGAAACUGCUACAAGUGCGGAAAGAGAUGGCAAGACUCCGCAAACUUAAGUCUCAGCUGAAACAGUAUCUUCCGGACCUGCAGAUGGACUCGGAUUCGGACGACUCGAUGGACUAUGACGACGAGGAGGAGGAGGCAGAGAUGCUGUUAUCAUGUUCAUCGCUGACAAUGAUCUCGUCGUCGUCAGAGUGA